AUGUCCGCCCCCGAGCCCGUUGCUGAGUUCCAAAACCAACGAAAAGCCUUCCUCUCGUGGUUUGGAGAACAAUCCCGUCUGAUCAGACACCAACCAAAGUCCGACACCAUUGCUGAAGUCAAAGUCAACCUCCGUGAUAAUGGCAAUGAGCACCUAAACCGACUGGUGAGAGCUGCAAUUGUGAUGGCAUUUGAGGCGAGAGAUCAUAUCUGCGUGACAGCAAAACCACCUGGGUUCUACGAUGUUGAGGUUCCGAAAAUGUGCAAAGUGCUUCAGCUAAGACUGCCCCAGCUGGCUGCGAGGCUUGGGAUCAACCCUAAAUGUGACAUGUGUGUUCAUUUCACUAUUGAGAAUAUUCUGGUGGAGCCGGGAUUCUAG